GUUGAGGAUAGACCUUCUACAACAAACGAAUUCUCAGGAAAUUUGUCGCUGUGCUAGUUACCUAGGAUAUUUUUCUUAUUUAAUUAAAUAUGAGCGUCAUGGAAGCAAAAAUAAAAAGAGCAGAAGCAAGAUUACGAGAAGACCCUUAUGAAGGUCAUCAGAUGAUUCGUACUUUAGUUAAUAGACAAGUUAUGGCUAAGAAGUAUGAUGACUCAAUUGCUUUACUAUACUCCGGCGCAAAGACUCUUUUCGAACUCGAACAAACUGGAAGCGCUGGAGAUUUAUCAAUUUAUUUGGUGGAUGUUUUUAUAAAGGCGUCGAGCUCUGUGUCGAUGGAUAACAAAGCAAAAGCGUUAGCUCUUCUUGGAUGCUUUCCAGCCGAGGAGGGAAGUAAAAAGCAAUACGUGAAGAAGCUUCUUGAGUGGACAAACUCUACAGGACCUCAGGGGGAUCGUGAUGUUCAUGCAUCAGUUGGUAUUAUGUUUAUGAAAUGGGGAGAUCCAGUUGCCGCAGAACGACACCUUGUAUUAGGAAAUGAAAAAUGUCCUGCUCUUUAUGCUGAAAUGCUGUAUAAUUGGGCCCAAGCUUCAAAAGAUGAAGAUCCUGCCUUGUUUAUUGGACGUGCCGUUCUCAAUUAUCUUUUAGUCGGAAGUCCAGCUGAUGCCCUUCAAUCUUUAACCAAGUUUGUACAGUUGUUUGAACGCUCCGGACAUUCACCAGAAGAGACUUUCUCCAUUGACGGAAUUCGGGUUCCAACUUUCAAUUCUUAUCCUUUUCUCAACUACUUACACUUACUCGUUCUUGCUGCUUAUCGAAAGGAUAAGGAAACUUAUCUUUCGCUUUCGCAAAAAUACCCAAAGAAGCCAGAAUGGGAGUCGGCUCUUGCAAAACUUGAAGAUGUUUAUUUUGGCAUUCGUCCUGUCAAUACACAACCCAAUAUCUUGGCUAAUCUCAUGAGUUCCCUGUUUACCAAUCCUUCAGGAGGAAGAAAUGCUAUUGACUUGGAGUAAAAACAAAUAUAUAGGAAUUUUUCUCCGUUACCAAUGUUUAUAGCUGUUUAGGAAAGCUUCAUUACGUGCCAAAAAAUGGAAAUGUUUUUAUAUGCUCUUCUACUUAUAUAGCUGCAUUAGUUAAGAAAUGGAUUCUUAUAUUCAUGCUUUUCUUGAAAUGUCGUUUGUUUAUGAAUGCUUUUAUUGCACUUUUUUACGUUGAAGAGAACUCAAUGGUUUCGGUAUUGGAAUAAAAAGUUUUUAUCCUACCUGCUAGUAUAGCAUUUCCUAGUCAUAAAUAUUCUCUCUCAAAUUAGUCGACGCAUUCUUGUUUCAAAUGGCCAAAUAUAAUACUGUCAAGGAUAUGUUGCCUUCCUUAUUCCCAACAAUAAUAUAAUUGCCAUAUUAUGUUGCUUCAUUUUAUACAUUACUUGAAAAAAUUAUACAACAGACAAAAAUGCCAUUGAAAUGAAUCCUGUAGGAUGUUUUAUUUACAGCCGAAACUUUAAGAAACCUUAUUGUUAAAGAAUUAUGUACCUUUUUAAGAUACCAAAUGGAAACGAUAUAAGUGACUAUUGGGGAACAUGUCUUCUUUGAGAUCUCGAAGUAACAUUUGACUAAUGGUUUUAAUUAUAUAAUGCGAAUAUUUCAAAUCGAUAAGCUGUUACAUUCAAAUAACAUUUAAAGGCGUUUUAUUCAUUUAUAAAGUCUCAAAAACGAAAAAGCGAG